GGGUACUUUUGCGAAUCUAUACCUAUCGAGCAAUGGCCGCCACGCUCCACACAAUCACAGACGUUAAGUUAAGUACGCGCGCCUAUGGCGACUCCGCACUCUAGCGUAGUUAGUAUACAUCUCUAUGGGGGGGACUUACUUUUUUUGUUGUGUAUAUAAACCGAACCUGCCUGUGCGUUCAUUCAUUCAUUCCAGAGAUAAAAAAAUACAUUCCGUCAGCAGCACGUACGUGUCAGUCAGUCAGUCACGUCACGUCAGCCGUCGACACUCGUCGUGCGUUCGUGCGCGGCCGCGUAAUAAACCAACGAAUGGCUUCCGUACUCCACGUUGUUUUGAUGUGUGACAAGUUUAUUUGUGAGGCCCCAUAUUUUGGACAGAUUUGACUAGUUUUGUUCAUGUUAUCUACAUUCCGUGUUUGUAUUAUUGCUGAAAUAAUAACUCUUACGGUAUACGAGCCCGGAACCUGAAUUGAAACCUGCGACUUGAGAUCUGCAUCUAGGUUCUUUUCAGCUGUCUCGAGCUCGACGCGACUCCAGCUCCAGCGAGGCUUGCUUGGCGGUACCCGGCCCUGCCCUGGCGCUGGCCUAGACUCACCCCCACCGACACUGGCCAUCACAGUCUGAUCUGAGCCUGUGGCACUUCGACAAUACAGCAUCGACAAUACAGCAUCUGGACCUCGCGCGCUCACCUCGCCAGUUGGAACUUAAUCUUAAUCAGUAUCAAACAGAAGGUUCAUUAUAAUAAUAAUUAUGUCUCAUACAAUACUGUUGAUUCAGCCAGGAGAGAUAGCGGACACAAGAACUUACACGGAUUACAAUUCGGUGAGAGAAUGCAUGGAAGGAAUUUGUCGGAUCUUUGAAGAACACCUGAAGAGAUUGCAUCCUAACAGCCCAUCCAUCACAUAUGAUAUCAGUGAACUCUUUGAUUUCAUUGAUAACCUCACAGACCUUAGCUGCCUGGUCUUCCAACCAACUGCAAACAUGUAUGUUCCUGUUAACAAGGACUGGAUCAAGGAGAAGAUAUACCUUACGCUCAGGAAGCAAGCGGCUAAGUGAUGACUACGUGGAUCCAAGAUUUCUCAUCCAAACUUUGAACAUUUGAUUACAACUUACGAUGAAAAAAGAUGAUGGAACUUCGAUUGAGAUCACAUUAUGCUGUAUUUGACUGGAAGGCUUGAUCAUGGAGUUGCUAUGUUUUCUCAGUGUUGUGGGUUACUUGUAUUAUUUUUGUUACAUUUACAAGCACAAUUGAGGUGAGAUAUGAUAUGUAACAUUUGCUUUUGCAAAACAGUUUUCUUUUUUUGAGGGGGUAGGAUGAGGGAAUGAUAGAGUGAUUAAAAAAUGACAAAAUACCCCUUUUCUUUUUUACCAUAUUAGUAUCCGAGAGGCCCCUACUUUGCAGAAAAUCUGAAAAAACCCAGAAAUCUGAUUAAAGUGGGAAAAACAUGAAAAUGAAGUAGAAUUACUAGCAGUCAUAAAAUUCUUGACUUGACUUUACAAUACAUCACUUUACCAUUGUGUGUCAAGGGGAUUGAAGAGUAAUAUGGAAUCAUGUCUUAGUCAGAUGUUAACUUAUUCAGCAAGUAUCAUUUUACUCGAAUUCUUGAAUAUUAUUUUGGGAAAACAAAAUAUCAGAUAUGACCAGUGAAUAACUAUGUACCAACUCUUUUAGGAAGAGAUUUUUAUUUUUUGUUUUACAUAUACUGCAAAUAUAAGAGUAUGUUUGUAGUUUUGUUUGUUAAAAGUAUGAAACUUUGGUGAUAUACAGCUGACAUUUUACAUUCAUAGUUGAUUGAUAUAUGGAUGGUUUAUUUUUGGUGUGUUUUGAUUAUAUUCUGUUGCAUCAUUUUCAUUUAAAGUUGUCUAAAGGAAAGGAAGCCUCCUUAAUCUUUGUUUGCUGGAGAAAGACAGUAAAUUUAUUCCAAUAUAAAACUUAGUCAUUUUGUUAUCUGUUGCAUCAUUCUCAUUUAAAGUUUUCUGAUGGAAAGGAAGCCUCCUUAAUCUUUGUCUGCUGGAGAAAGACACCUUUAGUUUUUGGAGCUUAUCAGAUCAGUCAUCACGUAAUGAGAUCUUGUAAAAGUUGGCAUCCUUAAUAGGUUUUUAAAGAAUAAGUAAUAAGAUUUCUUCAGAUUGACUGGAAACUUUAUCAUCACUGAAUUUUUCUAAUCAAUGUAUGUAAUGCAAAUUCCGACUUACCAUUUUACCCUUUGCCAUUUAUAUCUCAUUCAACAUUUUCAUGAGAUAUUACACAGGGUUUACGGUGAGCUUGUACUGUAUUGGGUUUUAGUUUGCACCUCUUAUUACCUAUCUGACACUCACCACCUGAUCUCAUGCAUUUAGCUGAAAUAGACUUUUUUUAACACCUUUCAUUUACAUUCAAUUUGAUUUUUUAAGGAAAUGUAGAGUUCGGGUGAUAUUCAGGAGGGUGUUUCACAGAUAUUAAGUGUGACUAAGAAUUACGUUUAAAUUCCAAGUUAUAUAUGUUAUGAAUGUUUUUAACAGAAAUAUGACGCAAUCUGAAUGCUGUGGAUCAUCAUCAUCAUGAAAUAAUGCAUGAAACCUAUUCAUUUAUUGGUGAUUUGAUACACAUGGGACGUCGUAAGUUCUACUGCAUAUUAAUCAGUGAGAUUGCUUUGUUGAAUACCAUGUGUACAUUUGCACUUCAGUUUGACAUUUAAUCAAAAUUUACUCUUGCAACCCCCCCCCCCCCCCCAUGAUGAGAACUUUUGGUAAUAGUCUGCAUUAAUCUAGAGGUGUAUCCCACCAUACAAAUUCUGUAAAUCACCAUGAUCAUGUUGAAAAAGUUAGUUUUGACUUUUUCCAUUUUUCCAUUUUCAGAUAUAUAUGUAAAAGCCAUAGACCACUUUCAAGUAGUUUUAUGUGUCAUUUGGUGGAAGAACAUAUUAGUAAAAUGCGUUUUUGUCUCGCCUGCAUAGCAGAGCGAGACUAUAGGCGCCGCUUUUCCGACGACGGCGGCGGCGGCGGCGUCAACAUCAAAUCUUAACCUAAGGUUAAGUUUUUGAAAUGACAUCAUAACUUAGAAAGUAUAUGGACCUAGUUCAUGAAACUUGGACAUAAGGUUAAUCAAGUAUUACUGAACAUCCUGCCUGAGUUUCAGGUCACAUGACCAAGGUCAAAGGUCAUUUAGGGUCAAUGAACUUAGACCAUGUUGGGAAAAUUAUUUUCAAAAUCUUAACCGAAGGUUAAGUUUUUGAAAUGACAUCAUAACUUAGAAAGUAUAUGGACCUAGUUCAUGAAACUUGGGCAUAAGGUUAAUCAAGUAUUAGUGAACAUCCUGCUCGAGUUUCAGGUCACGUGACCAAGGUCAAAGGUCAUUUAGGGUCAAUGAACUUUGGUCAAGUUGGGGGUAUUUGUUGAAUUACUAUCAUAACUUUGAAAAUUUAUGGAUCUAGUCCAUGAAACUUGGACAUAAGGUUAAUCAAGUAUUAGUGAACAUCCUGCCUGAGUUUCAGGUCACAUGACCAAGGUCAAAGGUCAUUUAGGGUCAAUGAACUUUGGCCAAGUUUGGGGUAUUUGUUGAAUUACCAUCAUAACUUUGAAAAUUUAUGGAUUUAGUUCAUGAAACUUAGACAUUAGGUUAAUCAAGUACCACUGAAUAUCCUGUGCGAGUUUCAGGUCACAUGACCUGAUGACCAUGGUCAAUGGUGGUCAUUUAAGGUCAAUGAACUUUGGCCGUGUUGGGGGUAUAUGUUAAAUUACCAUCCUAACUCUGAAAGUUUAUGGAUCUAGUUCAUAAAACUUGGACAUAAGAGUAAUCAAGCAUCACUGAACAUCCCCUGUGAGUUUCAGGUCACAAAACCAAGUCAAAGGUCGGUUAAGGUCAAUAAACUUAGGCCAUGUUGGGGUAAUUGUUGAAGUGCCAUCAUAACUUUGAAAGUUUAUGGAUAGAGUGAAUGAAAUGUGGACAUGGGUGUAGUUGACAGUCUUAAGUCUCUGUUCAAAUGUCAUUUAUGGUCAAUGAACGUGGUAUUAUGUCAUUAUAUGAAUGAUGUUUUUGUUAAUGAUUAUUUUAUAGUAGUUUUCAAAGUUAGCACUGCUGCUAUAUUAAAUUGCGUAAUGCAGGCGAGACUGCCAGAGGCGUUCCACUUGUUAUAUUUAGUAGUAACUGAAGAUACAUUUACAAUUAGCAAUAGGUCCUAGCCAUUUCAGGAUGCAUGCAUAAUCUGUGAAGAAAAAAAAUGUUUCAUAAAAACAAGUCUUCAGAAAGUUUUACUGCUUGGCUGUAAAAAAAAAAGAACGUAAAACUUGUAUCUACUUAUUUUAGUUUUUCAAAUCAGAAUACAUGACCAGGACGUAUAGAUUGGUCAAGCAAACUUUAAUUACAGUACUACUUCAUCAAGAUUUUUUUUUCUUCUUCGAGACCACUUUUGUGUCAUCGGCCCAUUCAUCACUUGUUAUGUGGUUUUUGUUUCUAAGUUGAUAGUCCUUUGCUCCAAAUUGGUUUGAUUUAUAUGAAAUUGCAAGAACCUUCCUUCAGAAAAAAAGGAAUCAUUGCUUAUUUUAUCAAUGUGUAAAUAUAGUGUUUUAAAACUUGUGUUAGUAUAAAAAAAAUAUUACUUGAUAUUUUUAAAAGGCAGUGGGUGUAGAAGGGUAGAAAAUCACAUCGUAAGUCCACAAUUUAAUAAGUUUUAGUCAUAUUAACACCAAACAUCCUUUCCUGAUGUUGAUAUGUUUAUCAGUUCCCUGUUACAAUAUGGAAAAUGACAAAUGUGUUGAACUAAAAAGGUGAUAAAGUGUUCAUGGUCAAAACAGUUUUAUGUACGAAAAUGCUGUGUUAUUCAAUAAUUAUAACCAUCUCUUUAUAUUCAUAAUUUUAUAUUUUGACUUGGUACUUCUUUAAGCCAAUGAUUGCUUGGUCAUAUGCCAUGUCAUUUUUUUUUCAGAUAUUUUCUUUUCCAUUUUGAUAAGAGUUUUCAUAAGAUAUGAUAUGACACAUUUGUGAAACCUAGAAUUCAACAGGAAAUUCUGUGAUAUUCUACAAAUACGUCAUUUUGUACCAUUCUUUUUAGGAACAAAUGAACAAAAAUUUCAUAUCGAUUUAAGAUUAAAUAGGAAAUGGUACCAAUGUCUGUAUGCUAAUUCAUGUUUUACAAAUGAUCGUUUUUGACGAAGAAAACUGCUUAUAAGCAUGGUGAAUAGAGUCAAACCCAAUAUUAUCUACUUCUUUAUCUCUGAUUUUUUAUUUUGAAGAAUAUAAACCAAAAUUCAAGAUGGAGAAGUUGUGUUUAUAAUGUGUCGAUUGAAUCACACUGGUACAUCUGUGUAUUAACAGAGCACUGCACAUACUUUAGGGAUUUUGUACUUCAUGUAUAAAGAUAUCUAUUUGCUCAUUUCUAAAGCCAGGAAGAGAGUCCUGUUCAUGUUUUUUUUUGUUCAUGUUGUCUUCUCUCCAAAGUGGAUGUGCGCCCUCUUGUGUUCUUAUUUUUACAGUCACAAUUCUCUGAGCGUCAGAAAAAGUUUUUAAAGUUUGACAUCUUCUUCAAGAUGUGUUUUAAAACGGUUCUUGUAUAUGUAUGUGAAUUUUCAUCUUGAGUACAUAGUGUAAAAACAAUGAAAACAUGUUAAUUUUUGCUUCUACUUUUUUUUUUAUUGAAACAACUAUUUCAUUAAAAAAAUGUGAUUAAACAAACAA